AUGGCGCUCGCCGGAAUACUGAUACUGGUCGUUGUCAUCAUCACCGCCGUGCUGCUGGUUCUCAUCGUCCUCAUCCAGGACGAUCAGGGCGGUGGCAUCGGCGGCAUGUUCGGGGGUGGGGAAGGAAGCUCCUCGCCGUUCGGUUCCCGGACCGGAAACGUGUUGACGAAGUUCACGACGGUCCUGGGGGCCGUGUUUCUGGUCGCCGCGUUCGCGCUGGCUUGGCUGAACCGGACGCCCGAUCAGGACGGUUUCCUGGAACGGGCGCGGCUGCAACAGACGCUGCAGGCGGAGGAGGGCCAGUGGUGGGUGCGGCCGGCGCCCGCGCCGCCGGCGCUCGCGCCGCAGGCUACCGACGCGCCGCAGACCGAAACCACGCAGGACUCCGGGCAGGCCUCGGGCGGUACCAUCGGGCAGGCGGAGGCUGCCGACACGAGCGGCGGCGACACCACCAGCGCAGAGGGAUCCAGCUAG